AUGAUAAUUGGUGGAUAUUUUAUUUCUUAUCUAGGAAAGCCCGGACCAUUUUUUCCUUGCUCGGAGAAAAAUACAUAUGCAAUGGAGGUUGAAAAGGGAAAGACUUAUCUACUAAGAAUCAUCAACGCAACACUUAAUGAUGAACUUUUCUUGUCCAUUGCUGCUCACAACAUGACAGUAGUGGAGGUUGAUGCAGUUUACACAAAACCAUUCACAACACAAUCAAUUCUAUUAGGUCCUGGUCAAACCACAAAUGUUCUUGUCAAAACAAACCAACUUCCAAGCAGAUACUUCAUGGCUACAAGAACUUUCAUGGAUGCACCAGUCUCAGUUGAUAACAAAACCGCAACAGCUAUAUUUCAAUACAAAGGAGUUUCAAACACUAUCAUCCCUUCAUUUCCUCAACUACCUAACGCAAAUGACACAAGCUUUGAUUUGAAUUAUAGCAAAAAGUUUAAGAGUUUGAAUUCUGCUAAAUAUCCUGCUAAUGUUCCUCUCAAAGUUGACAGAAACCUUUUUUACAUCAUUGUUUAG